AAUUUUACAGGUGUAGAAUUUUGCAGCAUGGACCAAGCCCCAGAUAGACAACACCAGAGAACUCGAAAGGGCUCCAUAGAUCUCGAUCCGACCAUGGAUUACACCGAUUUAGUACCUGGUUUGAUCUCAGAUUAUAACGCAAAACCAGCUAGUGGUCGGAAGAGAGGGCAACCUGCUGGAAUGGAUGAGGACUAGCCUUUGCACUGAAAUCAUUCAGUUAUCUUUAUGUUGUAUCUCACUGUGCUGGCUUCGGAACUUGUUUAGGCAUCUCUCGUUUUCUUUUGGAUACCGAAAAAAACCUUGGCUUGGAAAAUUUUGUUUCUUAUUUUAAAAAGAAAAAUGGUCUUGUACUUUCUUCUACCGUUACUUAAAUCUCUUCAAUGCCUGUAACCUCUUCUUGUUUAACUUAAAAAGAAUUGAGGAGGAAAAGAAUGAAAGAAUGUAGCUAUU